GUACGUACGCAGGCGCGGGCGGGAGGAGCGGUUCAGGGCAGGCGCGGCCGCUGAUGGAGCGUCUGGCUGGCGGGGCGGGGCGGACGCUAGGCCGGCUGCACGCGGCGCUGCUACGGGGGCUGCUGUGGCCGUGGGGGGCGCCGCCGCGUCCGGCCGCCUCGGAGGUGCUGACCGGCCACCUGCUGCAGCGCCGGCUGCCGCCCUGGACUUCCUUCUGCGUCAAGUACAGCGCGGUGCGCAACGACCAGUUCGGCCUCUCCAGCUUCAACUGGGCGGUGCGAGGCGCCAACUACCACGUGCUGCGCACCGGCUGCUUCCCCUUCGUCAAGUACCACUGCUCCCGCGGGCCCCGCCGCGACCUGGCCGCGCAGGACGCCCUCCUGGCUGCCCUCAAGCUGCUCAACCUGGGAAUCCCAACGUUAUUAUAUGGAAUUAGCUCUUGGUGCUUUGCCAGCGUCACAGAGACUGUUCAGACAUGCUGUGGCCCAGUUACAAUUUACUUCCUGAAUAAAGAAGAUGAAGGUGCCAUGUACUAAAACACGGUUUCAAAAACACUGUGCUAAAUUAGUAUAGAAAAGCAUAUUUUCCCAACCUUUUUGCUGUGUCAACAAUCUUAUUCAAACAGUAUAUGUAUUUUUUUCAAGACGUGUCCCUAUUUGAAAUAUUUACUUUUUUUUGACUCUGUAAAAGGAAAUACACAUCAAAUACAUGUUGAAUUAUGCACAAAUGCAAAACUAAACAAAUAUCUGGGAAAUUACAUGAAUUAACUCCUUUCAUCCAAAGCUGACCCUCGCCUCUUAAUGAAAAUACUGAUUUUUUUUUUGCAAUCUUAUCCAAUACUUCAGUACAAUUUAAAAGCAAUACCUUGUUUCAUAAUGAAUCUUUUAAAAUAUAUAACCGAUAUUCAAAACAGAGACUGAGUCCUCUCUGAUAAAUUGAAGUUCUAUUAAAAUCCAGAGUUUUGAAGGAAAAAAAAUGCCUCUGAAAUUUCAGAGGAUUGAAUAUGGAGAUUGGUCUGGUACCUACAGCCAGGUAGAAUGAUUGUGAUCUGGCCGAAAUUAAGUACCAAUUCAAUCCUGUUGCUUUCAGUGGAAGAGAGUUAAGUGUGCGCUUCACUCUUUGACUCAAUAUGAUUUAGAAGUAAUUAACACAAAAUAUGAUUUUGUCAUGUACCUAAUAUAGAAAAUUAUACUCAAUUAUACUCAAUCAACUUUCCUGGUAAAAUGUUGUAGAAAUAAUGUAGUUAUGAAAUUAGAUCUAAAAUAUGCACAACAUUUGUUCGUUUUAAAUUAUUUCAGCUAGUUAUUUUCAUCUGGGAUGUUUGCUAUAAGAUAAAAUAUAAUUUAUUUUUCAAAAGGCUCUUAUUAGAUUUUGUGUAAAUAUAUUUCUUAAAAUCCAUCAGAAUGGAAUUAUAAAUUGCUUUCAUUUGGAAGACAAGUAGUACAUUUGUUUUAACUGCAGCUCUAAAUCUGUAAUCAAGGAAACACUCCAGUAUAUUUGAUACCAAAGGAUAUUCCUAAUACAAGUUAAAUAAAUAGUUCGCCCAGUGGAGUAGCUGGUGUGUUACAUUAAGCUUCAUUAAUAAUAAAAGUGACUAUUAGCAUUUUGCUAGAUUGGCUGGAACUUAUGUUCCCAGUAAUGAGCAAAAUUAAAUAAGUGCAGCUCAUAAGUUAAAGUCAAAUACUGCUCAUUCAUUGCUCCCGAUUUUGUCAAUACUCUUCUUUAAAGGUUUGGUGUCAACACAAGACUGAUAAAAUGUUUUUUAAUUACCAUGCAAUAAAUAAAGCUUCCCCUUGGAGUGGCCUGUUCACUA